AUGGACUACUUAUUCUGGAGGGUUCUUCCGAAAUUAGAGGAUGAUCAGUUUGCGUGGAUAUUAUGGUAUAUCUGGAAAGGACGGAACAACAAAGUUUUUAGCAAUUUGGAUAUUGAUCCUAUGGAUACACUAAAGUUAGCGGAAACAGAAUCGAAGCUUUGGAAGGAGGCUCAGAUAAUCCCUACACCGAAGGACAAAGAAAGAUUCUCAGGGCAAGGGUGGUAUAGCACCCUUGAGGGGUUUGAUGGACUUAUGCGCGCACAGAAUGUAAGGGCUACUCUAUCUCCUUUACACUCAGAUAUUGAGGCUUUACUUUGGGCUAUGGAGUGUAUGAAGAAUCUUAGACAAUACAGGGUUACAUUUGCGACGGAUUAUAUCGAGACUUUGAAAGGGAGUUUUCACAGCUCGGAGAUUAUUUACAUCCCCCGCACGAAGAAUCAGAAGGCCGACAGUCUUGCAAAAUCUGCUAGGCAGCAACCGACCUUUGUCGUGCAUAUGGACGCAGAGUUACCAGCUUGGUUUACAGAGUCCUCUUGA